GUGCACUCGGAUGAACCCGGUGCGCGAGAGGGCAGAGCGAGCGCCGCGUCCGUGCGCCGGAGCAAAGCACCAUUCAUGUGAGCGAGCUACGGGCACACCUGGUCGGACACAGAGAACCAGCAGCAGCAGCAGCCCCACACAGCAGCCGAGGUAAUCACUUAAGGAAUGUGGUGCCAUUAGGACGGAGCCCAGAGCUGAAAGUUCACAUCAACUCCCGAACCACCGCAUUCUCAUCUAUUUGACACUAGGAGCGCGAGGAGGAACUUUCUAACAGACACCAUGGCAACAGGAGGGUUCAAAUCAAACGCUACCACGGACUUUCUGGAGGAAUGGAAGGCCAAACGGGAGAAAAUGCGAGCUAAAAUGCUUGGGGACAUUGCCGCAGCAACCGGUGCGCCCCUGGGUGCCAGUAACGCAAACAGCAGCGGCAGCAGUAGCCGUCACUCCGCCCCACCGGCCUCCGACCUCACCAACAACGGCAACCCGGACCGAGCCACCUCCGCCGGGAACUGCGUCCCCUCCUCCUACGCUGUGGCUCGGUCCGCCUCCGGUUCGGCUCUGAAGAGACCCGAGGAGGACGCGCACCAGCCUACCCACGCUGCCCACGUUGCGCCCUGUGCGGUCACCCCGGCGGGGAGCAACCUGAAGAAGGCCCCGCCUCAAACGGAGAAGGUCCAAAGCGCCUCACCGGACUGCAGUCCAAUGGCUUGUAACGACAGUGACAAAGACAGUCCAUCACCCAGUAAAGGCAAAGAGAAGAAAAGCACUGGUCCCAGCGCCAGGAAGGGAAAAGGACAGAUAGAGAAGAGGAAGCUGAGGGAAAAGAGGAGAUCCACCGGUGUUGUGAGCAUACCAUCCAACGAGAGCCUUGAUGAACUGGAUGAUGACGACGCACCAGAGAAAGACAGGAGGGAGGAGGAGGAGCUGGUUCAAGCCAACACUUUCCAGAAUGAGGCCAUGACGGCUGACCCCACCACCGGCCACUUAAUGGAUACUCCACGAUCUGGGAGUGGCCGCCAUAAGAGCUCUUCAGGACCAGGAUCUGAGGAGGAGGUGGGUGGAAACAGCAGACAACGACACAACCGUCACAGCAGAGAUGGAGGAGCUGCUGCACCAGGAAGUCUGGAGAAAAGGAUGGAGGAGCUGGAGAAGGAACUGGCCAGAGAGCGUCAGGAGAACGCUCGGCUGCUGAAGGCCCACCAGGACAAAGAUGACCUCAUUGGGAAACUGAAGGAGGAAAUCGACUUACUGAACAGAGACCUUGAUGACAUCGAAGAUGAGAACGAGCAGCUGAAACAGGAGAACAAGACUUUGCUGAAAGUGGUUGGUCAGCUGACGAGGUAGAACCACAAAGAACCCGGACCAUUCCCAGAAGAAACCCCCCCCCGCUAUCCUCCUGCCCUGGGUCAAGUGCAGCAGCAUGGGCUUUUACCUGUUUAUUCUGUCUCUGUCUCUGAGGUGAAAGCGUAAAGAAGUCUUACUCAGUCUCAAAAGCUCAAAAAUACUUCCCCCGAGGACAAUUUAUUCCUUUGUUGUGAAAGCUGGUCUUGGGGCUCUUGUUUUCUCAUCAUGACAGCCUUAUCCUCAUCAUCUGUCAUCUUAUACAUAUUUAAUAUGAUGUAUAUACUGUAGGUUGAUAAAAUUUUUGCAAUUUUAAUAAGGUCUUAAAAAGCAAGUAAAAUGAAUGUAUGUGCUGUGCAAAAAAAAAACAACCCUGCACACAGCCUUAUCAAAUCUUUUCAAGGCCUAGAAAGCCCCAGUAUGUAGAUUUCCACUCGGCAGAUAUCCAGGUAGUUAAAAAAAAAACAAAAAAAACAGCAACACUCAAAUGGUGUCAGAGGCCGAAGCUGCUUGUACCAAAUUCAGCAGAAUCAGUUAAACCACCAUCAGCCAAAGUGGACAUUGUGCCUUGCAAUGCAUGUGAAAUUAUUAUUUUUUGUUAAAUCUCUAAAGAAGCGUUAAAGCCUGGUGCUUUAUGAAUGAACCUUAGUGCCAGAUUUCCUUACUUGCUUCCUUCCAAUAAUUUCUUGGUACAUUCAAUUCCAGUGGAUGUUUUUAUUAGCCUGAAUGAAGUACAACACCUCCAGAUUAAUUGAUACAGUUUUAUUCUUUCUGCAUUUCAGUGGUAAGUAUUAUACCUGUCGAUGAUAAAUUGUUGCCCUUUAGCAUUUGUAUAUUUUUUAAAAGCUUUUUUUUUUUUUGCUGUAAUUGGUUUACAAGUUGUGUUUUUGCGAUAUUUGAUAGAUUAGCUGCUCUGUUAAUGCGUGGAGUGAGCUACAGUGCAUAUUUUGUAUAAUAACCAAAUGAACUGAAGGACUAUACAAUUGAAAUGCAUCUUUGUUUACUUAAGGGAAAGACUCGACUGUUAGAGAAAUUUGAAUUGUGUUUCUCUAUUUACAUCCGAUCAUUCUAUUCCGCUGAGGAGCUGUGCUGUUCACGGAGCACCUGCAUUUUACAAAUAAUCUUUAGAUUUUAGACAGUCGCCACACUUUGACGUAAACACACAUCUUUUGGGUUAAAGACCAUCCCCUCGCAGGCAGACAUCACAGGCUCAUCUGUCUUUCCAUUACAUUAUGCAUGUACAGAAGAUUAAGUCAUUUAAUAAAAGUUUGAUUAUCUCUCUCCUCCUCA